UUAUUUUGUGAAACUUGUGAGGUUUUUGUUUGUUUUAGUUUGUGUUUUAGAUUAAUAAAUGUCUGCGUUUGUGUUUUUAGAUCAGUUUGUCUGGUUUUUGGUGAUCUGGACUUUGUUUGUUGCGGCCCUUCGAGCCGGCCGUAACAGAGCUGAACGAGUCCCGAUUACUAGAGACGGGAAGAUGUGACAAAAAUGAAACCGAAAGUAACUAAGCCACGAACAAGCAGUUCGUUUUGCACAGCAACACGGAAAUGACUUGGCUGUUUAUUUACUUAAAUUCACUUGCAUGAAGAGGCCGACUGCAGUGGGCGAAGAUAAUGCCCAGGGAACAUUUGUGUGGAGAAAAAUGGCAUCUGUCAUCUGGAUCCUGUCUGUAGUAUUGUAUGCUGAAUUCAUGUGUGCAGUGUCUGUUUACGAGUUUCUCUCCCUGGAUUGCCAGGAUGAAAACCAUGGGGUCCUUGGCAAGGACUCUUUAUUGAAAUGCUUUCUGAAUACUCGUGGGGACAGCGUGAUGCUCAUAUCGGCAUCAUGGUGGCGGCCAGGAGGGAAGCCUCCUUUAAUAAUAUUUAGAAAUAACGAAGUUCUAGAGCCGGAAGAUCCACGAUUCUCCUUUAAGCAGUUACCGAUGUCUGACAGCAACAUAGACGUGUCCUUUCUGGUGAGAAACACAGUGAGGACAGACGAAGGGGAAUAUGAAUGCGUUGUUGAAACUGACUCUGGUUACAUAGUAGUUUAUACCAAAGCAGUAAGCCUUUCUGUCACAGCCACUUAUUCCAAACCAGACAUGAGCUCAGUUCCGGAGAAGGACCUUCAGGAGGGAAUGGAAGUCACAUUAUUCUGCAAUGCCUCUGGGGGUUACCCGGUUGGCAUGAUCCACUGGUACGACCAGCACGGCACCAACUGGACCCGCAGUGCAGAAAUGAUGGUGGUGGAGACCACGGACAAACGCACAAACUUAUCCAGCAAGGUCACGCUUAAGGCUUCCUCCAUCACUCCUCAGUAUCGGUGCUUAGUGUUAAACAACAAUGGUGUGGAAGAAGGAGAGGCGGAAUUUGACCUUAAAUUUCGGAAAAAAGAGUUUGUCUCCCUGUAUUGCCAGGAUGAAAACCAUGGGGUCCAUGGCAAGGACUCUUUACUGAAAUGCUUUCUGAAUUCUGGUGGGAAAAACGUGACGGUCACAGCGGCAUCAUGGUGGCGGCCAGGAGAGAAGCGUCCUUUAAUAAAGUUUAGAUAUAACAAAGUUAGUGUCCGAGAAGAUCCACGAUUCUCCUUUAAGCAGUUACAGAUGUCUGGCAGCAACAUAGACGUGUCCUUUCUGGUGAGAAACACAUUGUGGAAAGAUGAAGGGAAAUAUGAAUGCAAAGUUCUAACUGACAGUGGAUAUGCCAAAGCAGUUGUAAGCCUUUCUGUCACAGCCACUUAUUCCAAACCAGACAUGAGCUCAGUUCCGGAGAAGGACCUUCAGGAGGGAAUGGAAGUCACAUUAUUCUGCAAUGCCUCUGGGGGUUAUCCGGUUGGCAUGAUCCGCUGGUACGACCAGUACGGCACCGACUGGACCCCCAGUGCAGAAAUGACAGUGGUGGAGACCACGGACAAACGCACAAACUUAUCCAGCAAGGUCACGCUUAGGGCGUCCUCAAUCACUCCUCAGUAUCGAUGCUUAGUGUUAAACAACAAUGGUGUGGAAGAAGGAAAGGCGGAAUUUGCCCUUAAAUUUCGGGAAAAAGAGGGGGACCAGGGCAGCAUGGGCAGCAUGAGCAGCACGGCCAGCACGGCCAGCACGGCAGUCCUCAUCAUCGUCAUACCCCUGCUGUGCGGCCUGCUGAUUUUGGCUCUGUUGCGCAGACGGCGCAUUCAGCCGGCCCGAAGGCUGUCAACUCACCCCAUAUUGGGGGCGAUGUAUCCAGAGGGUUCAGACAUGAUGGAAGAAGGCUUUCUCAGAAAAGGUGUCCAGGCAAUGCAGUGGAUAACAAUCUCUUCUUGUUCAACAAGUUCGGCAGGUUUGAACAAAAGCAGAUCAAUGGAUACAACUCUAAAUUUUUAAACAUUUGAAGUUGGAUUAUUGCCCCUUCGGGAUUGUGUGUAAUCCUUAUAGUAACAAAUCGCUGCAGAUUCUGGGGAAAUGGAGGAUUUUUACGUUUCCUUUCUGUGUGACUGAACUCGGAGAGAAACUAAUGACUCUGCCCCAGCUUUAUUUCUGAUUGGUAGUUUGUCAUGGCAGUGCAAUCAAGAAUGCUUUAGUAAUCCCCUGUGAAUUUACUUUCGGUGGCUCUUUACAGUUCUACCAGACUAAAAACAGACAGCUUCCCUUUUCCACCCAAAAAGAGCAUCACGUCCUCUUUUCAUUUCCUGAUAUGGAACCUCAAACUGAAGUUUGGGGAGACACUGCAUGCGAAUUAGUGAUGUGAGAAAAUGUAAUGCUCAAAAUGAAGUAUCACAGUAAAAUAACACACACAAAAUGAGGGGAAAAAAAUAACAGGGCAACAGUUCAGUCGAAUUGUGGAACGUGAUCAGAAACUAUUUUACAAAAUGUCAAAAGAUACAGAACAAUAUAAUACAAUGAGCUUGUAUAUAGUGCUCAUUGUGCUGUGCAUUAAAAUAAGAAUCAGCAUAGGAACAGGCAAGGCCUAGGCCGUGUCCAAAACGGCUUACUUGCCUACUACUAAGCACACUCUUUUCAAAAAAUGCACUUAAAAUCUUGAUAUAUUUGGGGGUUCGGCUGAAUGUACGUACUUCUCAGAAAGCAAGCCAUACUUUUUUUAGGACCCCUCACAGAGGAAGAAGCGGAGCUAUCUUUGGGUCCCAUCAAUCAGAGCAAGCCUUUUUACUGCAAGGGCUACUUUGCACUACUCGUGACACUUCUGCAGUACGAUUGGAAAAAAAUGUGAGGAAUAUUUUUAUAAAUAUUUUAUGUUUAGUCGCCAGUACAUAUUCUGAGCACACCUCUUAUUAGGAGGCUGUUUCAGACACGGCCUUAAUGACUGAUAUUUGAAGUCUGAUCAACUGAUGUUUUGGAUUUCGGUUACAAAGACAUGGUGCAGAGCAGCUAAAACCUAUGCCUCGGAUUGCUUUGCUGUGAGGUCUAUGUGUAGGCAGACCACAGAAACAGGAUUUCCAAGAUUUGAAAGUGCUCAUGUGCUUUAUAGGUAGUAAUUCAACCCUAGAUUAAAGGGGGCAGAACAGCAACCGCGGUGCAGAAAAUGCUCUGCGCAGCAUCUGUGAAAAAGAACAGUGUCAGUUAAACUUGGAAUUAUACAGUGGAUCCCAACAUGAACUUUGUCGCUAAAUUAGAGUCCAGGACACCAACAACAACAAAGCAUUAUAAUAAUUCAACCUGGUGACUGUACAGGCGUUUCCUCUGCAUUCGCAUUGUCAUUACAAGGGUUGGUCUAAACUUUACUGCUUUGCAAUUUAGAUGAAGUUCAUUUGGACCCCCUUGCCUUUGCGUUCUCACUGAAGAUAUUUUCGGACGUGGGUGUGUACAGAGAUGUUUUCUGCUGUACAUGUCGAAACAUGAUCGCCAUUCCUUAAAGAAGUCUGAACUAAAGGUAGCGGGAAUCCUUUGAUCUCCUAGGAACCCUUACUGAUUUCAGUGAAGAAUUGUUGGAUGAUAUAACUCCGUUAACCAAAAGAAUGAAAAUGCAGCUUCUGUUUUUCCAGCAUAUUCAUUUUACCUACAUUUUUUUUUUUUCCAUUUUCGGAUUUAAAAAAAAACAACAAAAAAAAAACACCUUUUUAUAUCAUGUUCCAUUCUAUUUUUUUUUUUUUGGCCUGAAUGGUGGGAUUGUUAACACUCCUUUCUUUUCACUGGUUUGUGCAUACGUACACGUGUUUUAUAAAACUGAAAUUGAUGUGUGGAUUCAUAAUCUUUACCACCGUGUAUUUCUCUUUGUUUAAAACAUGUACUUUCUUACUUUGUGGUGCUUCUAAUAUAUUGCUUCUGUACUUUAUAAUGCUGUUAUUAUUGGACUAAUUAUAAUUACCUGAUUGUGAUGGAUCAUUUAAAAUUAUAAUCAGGAUUUGUUUUGUGAUAGCACCUUUGAUUACACUAAGUUUGUUUUUGUUUUUUUACAGUAAACUUUUUAUGAUUUUUAACAAUGUUCAUUUGUAUUCUUGUAUUUGUUUCAGUAGCAUAUUAUAUACAGACAGGGCAUCCAGGUUUAUCCAGAGGGAAAUGAAGGUCAAAUAUAAUAAAGCCAUUUUACAUUUUAA